UGAACGCUUUCUACGUCAUGCAAAUGGCGGACGUUGUAAACAGAGCCAGCUCCUUUUCCGCAGCUGCUAGAAAUCCAAUGUUUUUAAGAUGAAUAACGUUGAUUGUGAGCGUAUGGACAGCUUGGACGGAUGGGUGGCGGUGAAAAGCAACAUAUUUGAGGAAACCGAGACGUUUAAACUUGGUUUUAUUGUACAAUGGAGCGUGAUCGAGGGAAAGUUCGCUGUCACUUGUCACAAUCGGACUUUGCAAAGGCAGAGACGCAAAGCUGAAGUGUCAGAGGAUUGUCAGAUGAGUUGGGCUGGUCUUUUCUCUGUAAACGAUUUAAAAAACAUACAUCAACAGUUUUCGUGUGUCGCAGAUGUUUUAGGCAACUCCUUCCCGGAUUUGUCGGAGUUUGAAGACGGAAAUAUUUGGGAUUUGCUUUUCCUGAGCCGAAGAGUGACCACAGGAGAUGAUGAAGAUGAGAGGGACUUUGACACGCCGUGCAGAAAACUGGAGAAAUAUUUUAGCAUGGCCAUUGAUGUCUGUGGACGCAAAAUAGUCCUAGAUACACUGUUUUCCCAAAAUGAGCAAGAUGUGGAGGAUUACUUUGAAAAUCUGCAGGAGUUUAAGAAGAAGAGCAUGCAGGAGGAGAUGUCACGUGCCAAAAGUGAACUGCGACAGUUGCUGCAGAGCCAUACUGCGGCAGACAGGAUGGUGGCUCUACUCGACAUUUACCAACAAGAGGAUGAUGCCUACCAUGACCUGGUCACCGUGGCGACAACCUUCUUCCAGUUCUUGCUGCAGCCAUUCAGAGACAUGAGGGAGCUGGCCUGCCUCUGCAAGAUGGAGAUCCUGAAAUCAUUGGAGUUUGAAGAGUUGGGUCCCAAAAGGAUCGCGGAGCUGCAGAAGGAGGCAGAGGAGUGGAGAGUUAAAGCAGAAAACGCAGUGGCUUCAAUACAAGACAUCACAGUCAACUACUUCGCUCAGACCUCUAAAGCUUUGGCAGGGAUGGUGAGACAGAUGGAGGAGGAUAAAAAUCGUUUUGGAGCAGCAGCCUGGGCGUGUGUAGCUCCUCGUCUGGAGAAACUACGCUUUCUUUUGGCCAAAGAGACUCUGCAGCACAUGAGAGCCACUGAGAUGUGUCUGAACUGCAAGAAGAACAACAUCAAGGAAAAGAUGGAGGCCCUGUCCGCCCCCGUCAGUCCUGACUCUGGUCCUGGUCCAGACUCGGAGGACUCUGUGGAUCAACUAGAGCUGAGGUUUUACGAGACUCAACUGGAAAUCUACGACACAAAAUUUGAAAUCCUGAAGAAUGAGGAGCAGCUGCUUAUGGCCCAGAUCGACACUGUACGGAGACAAAUCAAAGAGCUGAAGGAGGAGGUGGUGUAUUACGAUGUGUGUGAGGACCCAGAGGAGCUGCAGAGCCUGGUCCAGACCGGGGUCCAGUCUGAGAGCCCAGCGCUCAGACAGCUCAAGAAACGCCUUCAAACUCUGGAGACCAAGAGAGGAAACAUCUGUGCGCGGAGAGCUUAUCUGAGGAACAAGAAGGACCAGUGCGUCGAAGCUCACGAGCAGAAGCAGCUGACAGCCAAACAGAGCACCAAGGUCUUCACACAGCACCAUCAAGUUCACCUGAAGCGAGAGAAGAGGAAGGAGGAGGAGCAGAGGAGGAAGCAGUGGGUGGAUCAGGAGAGAGAGAGGACACUUGGUCGAUUACGCUCCUUCAGAGAGAAGCGUCAGGGGCAGUACAUUUUGAAGACAUCCCAGACAAAGUCGCCUUCCUCUGGGUCUCCACAGGACUCACAGCCCCUCUCCAUCAUCAGCCUGGGUCCCACCUCCACUCCUCCAACACGCCCUGUCGCAAAAACCAGAAAGACCCCUAAGACCAAGAAGGAGUCGGAAAAACCUAUACCAGUUCAAGAUAUACCGGUUCAGAUCUUCACCGGACCCCCAAUGACACCCCCAACCUGCCCUCCCCCUCCUCCGCCACCUCCUCCUCCUCCACCACCUCCGCCUCCUCUGCCCUCUAGUGGUCUCCUAAAAACUUCCCCCAAAGAGGAUGAGCCUAAACCGCUGAGUGAGAUGAGAGAGCCACCGUUUCCAGCUAAAAACACACUGAAACAGAAUAUAGGCACCAUGGACGAGGUGUUGGCGUCACUGCAGCGUGGGCAGAUCCAGCUCAGAAAAACUCCUGCUCCCGGGACAGCGCCUCCUGUGGGCGACCUGAGGAGCAACCUGAUGUCUGCAAUUCGACAAGGAGUCACUCUGAAGAAGGUGGUUCCUGUUCGGUGUGAGGGCCAGAGCAGUCCUGACAACGAGCUGGAGAGGAGCAUAAAAGCCGCCAUGUUGAGGAUGAAGAAGGUUUCCUCUGAUUCUGAUGAAGACGAGGCUCAGAGCGACAGAGACUGGGACAGUUGAAGAGGGCUGUCUCAAACUCAACCAACAGUGCCACUACGAUAUCACAAACCUGUGCUUUUUAUAAAACAGUGCAAAAAUAUAUCUGCUAAAGAUGCACUGUGUAACUUUUCUGAUGGAGAGUCCGCCACGCGUGUUUGUCUCCAUGGAGAUAUUACCGUUUUGCCUGAAAUUUUCCACAGUGGGCAUCUGUUUCCAUGGACACAGGCAGGUAGCUUCACCAGAAAUUACUAAACCUCUUAUGAUAACACAUUCUGAAGCAUGACAAAUUGUAUUGCUAUAGAGAAUUGUUGUGAUAAAAGAUCAUAAAGCAGAAUAAUCCCAGUAAACCUGUUUUUUUAAAAUAUAAAGUACCAUUAAAAGGCCUGAGCUGCAACAAAUACACAGCAGAAUUAAGUAAUAAUUAGAAGAAUAAAUAGAAGUUAUUUAUUUUGCUCUCUACAGCUCAGAUCUUAUAGUAUUACAAGAAAAAAUAAAAUAAAAUCUUGCAGUUUUUUGCACUAAUAUUGUACAUACAAUAAAUAUUGAGCCCCAAAACAUAUUAUUCCAUCUUUCAUAUAUUGAAUAAUAAAUUAGUAAGUCCAUAUAGUAAUUAUUGUAACAGUUACAAGUUACAUAUCAGGACUGUGACGAUGUGACCACACUCACACUGAGAACACAUGUUUUAAGGUUCUGAAAACACGUGUACCGUAUUUUACGGACUAUAAAGCACACCGUAUUAUAAGGCACAAUAUCAGUAAUGUUGAAUUCUCAUGUUUAUUUUCAUACAUAGGGCGCACGGGAUUAUAAGGUGCAUUAAGCGAAACAAACUGAUGACACUUGAGACUUGAGACUUUUUUUUUUUCCAACAAGGAGGACUCAAAUAUAGAUUGAGUAACGAGUUUAAUGCAGUUUUGCGCACAUUUGUUUACAUUUUACAGAAACGAAACUUAAAAAACACUUGGCUAAUUUACAUAAACUCUAAGCCAUUAAAAAAAAAAACAACAUCUUGCUCCUUGUGUGCUGGUCAUCUUCUGUCGGACUAAAGAACAUGACUCAGUGGAAUAUCUGUGAAAAUCAACCAGCACAACCAGAAUUAAUACAUAAGGUGCACUGUCAAUUUUUCAGAAAAUUAAGGGAUUUUACAUGUUCUUUAUAGUCCAUAAAAUACGGUAAUGAAAUGUGAAAUAUUCCAGGCAAAGCAAAAACAUCUCGAUGAAGACGAGCUGGUCACGAACCCUCCACCAGAAAUGUUACAUAGUACACCUUUAAAUGGAGAGUUCAGUGUUUUAUUUACAGACUGAAGUUCGUGAACUUCCCGUCGAGCUAAAAGUUUUGUUUUGUUAGUACCAUAUUUUAAUCACUGCUGUUUUUUUAAAUAUCUAAAUAAACUCUGAAGAGAGCUGAUUAUAAAAUACUGAACAAUCCUAUUAACUUUAGAAUAGACAAUUGUACUUUUCACUUGUAUUUAUUUAUAAUGAAAAAGGGCCCAUAUUAUACUAUUUUCCAGUCUAUGUUAUAAUGUUGUUUCCUCAUCACAAACAUACCUGGAGUUGUGUUUUGUUUCAUUCACACAUUUUUAACACACAAACCCUGCAUAUUUAAGAUGAGUUUUCUUAUUGUGCAUAAGAAAAAAAACAGAUCCACACUGUAGUUUAAUCAGUUUAAUGACACCACAAUGUGACGUUUCAGGGUCAAGCCCUUAUUCAGGCCGGGCUUGACCCCAAAACAUCACAUUGUGGUGUCAUUAAAUAAAAAAUAUGAGAGCUCCAAAGAACUGCAGUGUGGAGUGCAGAUAUGUUUUGUUUGUUUUUUCUUUUGCACAAUUUUUGUCUUUGGACCCCAGCACACAGUCACAAAUUUUAUUGGAUGUGCAUGUCUAUCAGUACUGAGUUCUUCUCUUCAGAAAACACUGUUCCACCUUGUGAUGUCAUGUGGUAAUACAGGAAGUGCUCCACUUUGUUUUUCAUUAUUGAGGGAAUGGAUACCGAGCACAUUAAUAACAAAAUAUAAGACUAGCACACAAACAAAAAGAAAAAACACAACAACAAAAGAACAAUAAGUAAAUAAAAAGAAGAGAGGAAGAAAGAAAAAAGUAGAGUUUCUAAGUGCAGUGUUUGCAUGUGUGUAUUUACAGUUUAGGGCUGUCAACUCAAAGGUAAAAAUUUGCUGUUAACUUGAUAACUACCACUUGAUGACAUCACGAGGUGGAACAGAGUUUUUUGAGCUUUGGAGAUGUGGACAGACUAAUAAUUAAAGGUUACUCAAACAUGUGUGAAUGAACUUUGUUGAGGUCACAGCAUUAUAACAGGGUUUAAUCCUCAUGAGUGUCCAUUUUAAGUAAUAUAGGAGCUUUAACACUUUUGAAUGAAAUAGUCAAAAUUGUGUCUUUUUAUAUUUCUGUAUUUGUGUUGAAAUGCAGAAUGGUUGUUUGUAGCACAUUUCUGUCUCAGUUUGUCAAAUUCGCAGCUUUUGUUUUUUGACCAGUGAAGUUAAAAUGAAUGAAGAGUUGUUUAUAAGGGGAAUAAAACUGUAGCACUGAACCAUGAGCACUGUUAAUAUUGAAGACUUUUAUGGAGAAAACCAAGCCCAGUGUGGAUCCAGAAGUAAAUUUACCAGUCUUUUUUUCUUAUAGACUUUUCUAAAAUGAAUCAAAAUUGAAUCAUUUUAAUGUACAAGAGAGCUGUGAUAAGUACUACCCAUGACGCAGUUAUUUUUGGAAAAGUUUAAGAAUAAAAUUAAUGUGAAUUUUACUUCUGCAAGAGGUGAGCUGAACUGUUGAGCUCUUUAAUGUUUGAAGGACUCAUAUUAUGCGAAAUUGACUUUUGUGAGUUUUAAGUCAUGUUAUAAUGCUGAAAAACAAUACCUGGAGUUGUGUUUUGAGUUAUCCUUUAUUAUUAGUCUGUUUACAUCUGCAAAAGCUCAAAAUGCUCUCUUCCACCUUGAGAUCUCAUGUAGUUUUGAGGAUAUCAGCUUUUACCUUUAAGUUCAGUAUGUGGACAAUUUUAUCCAGAGCUGAAAUUAUCCAAAUGAUUCUAGUGAAGGUGUAUGGAGUUUAAAAACAUGAUGGAACAGAGUGUUUUCUGUUUGAGAGAAGAACUAAAGUCUAAUAAACAAAACACAUCUCCAGGUCUGUUUGUGAUGAGGAAAAAACAUUAUAACAGAUCAGAAAAUAGCGUAAUAUGGACCCUUUGAAUGAAAUGGGGGCAGAUGGAGUUACUGUUUUUUCACUUAUUUUGUCUUUAGGGUGAACAUAGUAGGAUAAUUAACUUUGUCAUUAAUAUAAAAGACCAGGUUUCAUAUUUUUAGAUUAAUGUUUUGGACAUUUGCCUUUGAGAGCACUGGAGUUUCCUGGAUGUAGCUCUGGACAUGUGUCUUUGAUGACGCACUGAAGUCGUUUCAGUGUCUAUUUUUAUGUCCCCAGUGUGUAUUGUAUGUCCAUCACUGUAACUUUCACCUAAAUCAGUUUAAAUCGAUGUAAUGUACUUUGCCCUGUGCUGAUAGUCCUAUAUUCCUGACCUUAUAUAACCCUAGGCUAAUUCAGGCUUUGCAGCGACGUCACUUUGGGGGUGUUCUACGUGUAUCUCUAAUGGUGGAAUGUUUACGAGUAAUGGCGACAAAAUGCACGCAAAUGGUCCAAAAAGUUUUAAGAUUGUCUGAAAACUCAACAAAAAACAGAACAUUUUCAGGAGUCUGUGAUCAAUUUAUGCAUUCAUAGUCCUGUUUAGGUUAAGUUGAGUUUGAUUUUCAACAAAAAUGGAGACUUGUUUAAUAGAAGACAUCAGCUGACUUGUUGUAGUUCCACCUAAGUCAGUUCUUUUUGAUCAGCUUGCGUUAAAAUAAAGCAAAAAUGAAAGUCUAAUAAAGCCUCAGACAGAGCAUGCCUACAGUUAGCGUCACACUCCCGGGAUUGUUGAUGACCUUCGCUGCAAAGUAUUCGUAAUAGUUUUGUCAUUUAAAUCCAGCAUGAGUCCAUACAUUGUAACACACAUAUUUUUUUUUUCUAAUUUUGUACAAUAUUUGGGCUUCCAGAAACAUGAAUAUUCACAAAACAUUCAGUGCUCGCUAUUUAAAAAUGCAGUAACCUGACCCAUAGCUACUUAUACUACUCUUUUACACAGAAAUAUCAAAGGAGUUUAAGAUAUUAUAUUAAACAUGUGACUAAGUUUACGAAAACAUAUAAUAUUAACUUCUAAAAUUAACUAAUUGGGCAUAUUGUUACUAUUGGGAAUAUGGCUUCAUUUUAAUUAUCUGUAACAAAUAAAAUACUGUAAUAUGAUUUAAAGCUGUAUGUAUGAAAAUGAAUACUAUGUUUUACAGUGUAAGAAAAUUCUGUUACAAUGGUAUUGAAAUCAAUACAAGAUCUUCUAUGUAAUAUUUAAGUUGGGUUUUGAAAUGCAGUUUUUGUUGAAUAAAUGAAAGAAAUGUGA